CAAAAACGCCUAUAUAUAAUUGAUCGAUUGAUAUUAUCGAAGUAAAUUCAUUUCUGCGCUUUCUUUUACUUUACCUUUACUUCUUUAAAAGAAGCAGUGGCAAACGCACACAACAAACUUUCACGCCAAACGUUUAAAAAACAAGCAGCAGCAAACACACAACAACAAAAAACGAUGCGUUCUAUUUUGGCACUUUCCGCGGCAGCUGCCGUCCUUUUGCAACAGGUCAUGGCCGACUCUGUCCCAUUGACUGAUUCGUUCACAACCUUCCGAUGGAACGGUCAAGACGCACUUGCUCAAGAAUCAUUCACCAUCCACUUGGACAAGGCCGCCCGUAUCCAAAUCACCGACUACAAGAAUCGCGGCGACUCGUUCAAAAUCUUUGAUAACGACGUCCUUUUGGGUGAAACCUCUGAGGUCGAAUCCGUUCAGGAUGAAGCAGCGUAUGCUGCCACCCCUGAAGAAGCCUUGAAGGACGAGCGUUACAGCAAGGGUACCUUCGAUCUUGCCGCUGGCGACCACACAAUCACUAUUAAGGCCAGCGGUCCCUAUGAUGCCGGCACUGCUGCUAUCCGUCUCAUUGAUGAGGCUGGCCAGAGCUUCCGAAAGAAGAAGAGCGGCAAGGGUGGUAAAGGCGGCUGGGGCGAUGACGACGAUGACUGGGAAGGCGGCAAAGGAGGUUGGGGCGACGACGACGAUGACUGGGAAGGUAGCAAAGGAGGCAAGGGCGGCAAGGGCGGCAAAGGAGGUUGGGGCGACGACGACGAUGACUGGGAAGGUGGUAAAGGAGGCAAAGGAGGUUGGGGCGACGACGACGAUGACUGGGAAGGUGGCAAAGGCGGCAAAGGAGGUUGGGGCGACGACGAAGGCUGGAAAGAUGGCAAGAGUGGCAAAGGCGGUUGGGGCGACGACGAAGGCUGGAAAGAUGGCAAGAGUGGCAAAGGCGGUUGGGGCGACGACGAAGGCUGGAAAGGCGGUAAAGGCAGCUGGGAAGGCAAGGACGAUGACUGGGAAGGCGGCGACUGGAAUGAAGACUGGCACAACAACAAAGCCCCAUGGGGUGGCUUUGACACUUCGCAUACCAUCACCCUUACUAAGACAAGAUGGGUCUUUGAAAAGCCAACUGCUGUCCCCAUUUUCCCUCAACCUGAGCCAUCACCAUCCGCUGCCCCUUAAGAUGGCCAAUAAUGGAUUAAAACUAACAUCAUCCACUCUCUACCUAGUCUCUACAGCACACAGCACACUAUCUGACACACACACACACUUAUUAUAUAUGCCUUAGCACAACAACACUUUCUUCGUAUCGUCUUUUACCGUUUAAAUCCCAUCGCUAAAAUAAUUUAAUUUAUUCGUCC